AUACAAAAGUGUAAAAUGAUCAUAUAUGAGACGAACUGUCGAAAUUGACUUUGUGAAUGGUGAUUUGUGAAAGCUGGAAUAUACCAUUGCGGUCAGAAAGUGUUCUGAGAAUACACAUGUAGGCUACUCUCUCAGUGUGACAAUGAUCAUAUCUUAGAUAUACUAUACUACUGUAAAGAUGUGACAUUACAGUUCAUCGCGCUAGUAUUUCAGCAAAUGAAUCAUAAAUCAUUACUAUAGAUAGUGGUUUAACCUGCAAGAGCCACUGAGCGCGAGGCAUAUUUUCCUCUUUUGCCGAGACCGAUGGCAAAAGAUCCCGCAGGGGUUAAGCUAUAACGUCUCUGACGGGCCUGUUUUUACAAUGUCUACGAAGGCAGAGCAAUUUGCUUCUAAGAUACGCUACUUACAAGAGUAUCACAACCGUGUGCUACACAAUAUUUACCCUGUGCCGUCUGGGGCAGAUAUUGCAAACACACUGAAAUACUUCUCCCAAACCCUGCUCAGCAUCCUGUCCCGUACAGGCAGAAAGGAGAGCCAGGAGGCUUCCUCAUUGGUCGUGCCCAUGACCAUGUGUCUUUUUCCUGUGCCAUUCCCACUCACCCCAUCUCUAAGACCACAAGUCAGUUCCAUCAACCCUACAGUUACUCGCUCCCUCCUUUACAGCGUUCUGCGGGACGCCCCGGCCGAGCGUGGUGGGGGGCCCCCCCAGCAGAGCCGGGACGCUCAGCUCUCAGAGUACCCCUCUCUGGACUAUCAGGGACUCUAUGCCACCCUUGCCACCUUGCUUGACCUGGUGCCCCUCCUGCAGCACGGUCAGCAUGAUCUAGGACAGGCCAUAUUUUACACCACAACUUGCCUCCUACCUUUUCUCAGUGAUGAUAUUCUCAGCACUUUACCCUAUACUAUGAUCUCCACCUUAGCCACGUUCCCUCCCUUCCUGCACAAAGACAUCAUUGAGUAUUUGAGUACCUCCUUCCUCCCUAUGGCAAUAUUAGGUUCCACCCGAAGAGAAGGGGGUGUGCCAGCCUAUGUGAAUCUCUCUGCCUCCUCUAUGCUAAUGAUAGCUAUGCAAUACACCUCUAACCCAGUGUACCAUUGUCAGCUGCUGGAAUGUCUUAUGAAGCACAAGCAGGAAAUGUGGAAGGACCUUCUCUAUGUCAUUUCCUAUGGACCAUCCCAAGUGAAGCCCCCUGCUGUCCAGAUGCUCUUCCAUUACUGGCCCAACUUAAAGCCUCCAGGUGCCAUCAGUGAAUACAGAGGACUACAAUACACAGCCUGGAACCCUAUUCACUGCCAGCACAUUGAGUGUCACAAUGCCAUCAACAAACCUGCAGUUAAGAUGUGCAUCGAUCCAACUCUAUCGGUGGCCCUGGGAGACAAGCCUCCUCCUCUGUAUAUAUGUGAAGAGUGCAGUCAAAGGAUUGCAGGAGACCAUGCAGAGUGGCUUGUUGAUGUGCUGUUACCACAAGCUGAGAUAUCGGCUAUAUGUCAAAAAAAGAACUGCAGCUCUCAUGUGCGACGAGCAGUAGUCACCUGCUUCUCAGCCAGCUGCUGUGGACACCAUGGCAACAGGCCUGUGCGUUAUUGCAAGCGUUGCCACGUCAACCACCACAGUGAGGUGGGAGCCUCGGCUGAAAACCAUCUGUACCAGACAUCCCCUCCCCCCAUAAACACAAGAGAGUGUGGUGCUGAAGAGUUGGUGUGCACUGUGGAGGCCGUUAUAAGCCUGCUGAAGGAGGCUGAGAUUCAUGCAGAGCAAAGAGAACUGGAGAUGAAUCGCCGCAGGCAGCUGGGACUGUCAGCCUCCCAUCACUCGCUGGACAACACUGACUUUGACAACAAGGAGGAUGACCAACAUGAUCAGAGACUACUCAGCCAGUUUGGCAUCUGGUUUCUGGUGAGCUUGUGUACACCCAGUGAGAACACUCCCACAGAGAGCCUGGCCCGGCUGGUCAGCAUGGUGUUCCAGUGGUUUCACUCCACUGCGUAUAUGAUGGAUGAUGAGGUGGGCAGUCUGGUGGAGAAGCUCAAGCCCCAGUUUGUCACCAAGUGGUUAAAGACCGUGUGUGAUGUGCGCUUCGAUGUCAUGGUGAUGUGCCUGCUGCCCAAACCUGUGGAGUUUGCCAGGGUAGGUGGCUACUGGGACAAGUCAUGCAGUACAGUGACCCAGCUGAAGGAGGGACUAAACCGCAUCCUGUGUCUGAUUCCCUAUAAUGUCAUCAGCCAGCCGUUGUGGGAAUGCUUCAUGCCAGAGUGGUUGGAGGCCAUUCGUACUGAGGUCCCUGACCACCAGCUCAAGGAGUUCCGUGAAGUGCUCAGUAAGAUGUUUGAUACCGAGUUGUGCCCCCUGCCCUUCUCCAUGGAGGAGAUGUUUGGCUUCAUUAGUUGCAGGUUCUCUGGUUAUCCUGCAUCUGUACAAGAACAGGCCCUGCUAUGGCUUCAUGUCCUCUCUGAGCUGGACAUUGUGGUGCCCCUGCAGCUACUGACAGGCAUGUUCUCUGAUGGUGUGGACUCUCUGAAGGAGCUGACCAAUCAGAGGAAGGCUCGUGCAAAUGAUCUUUCAGAAAACAAUGAGGCUCGGCGGGUGAGUGUAGUCUCAGACCCGGGACGCAGGGGGCAGCAAAGUGCACUUAGUCCAUUCCCGAGCCCCUUUCGGAGCCCACUGCAUUGUAGCCCCUUCCGGAAUCUGGGCCAUGCCUCUGGCAACUGUGCUUUGGAUUUAGACAGUGAGGAUGAUGACAUGAACCUGGGCUGCUUCAUCCUUAUGUUUGAUCUCAUCCUUAAACAGAUGGAGCUCCAGGAUGAUGGUGUGAUGUUGGGCCUGGAGAGCAGUCUGGGCGGGGACAUCGUGGGCAUCAUCAACAACAUCUUCCAGGCCCCCUGGGGAGGCUCCCACACCUGCCAGAAGGAUGAGAAGGCGCUGGAGUGCAACCUGUGCCAGUCAAGCAUCCUCUGCUACCAGCUGGGCUGUGAGCUGCUAAAGAGACUCACCCCAAACGAGGAGAUCAACCUGGUGGACGUGACGAACAACCUGGAAGACAGCCUAAUCUUCCCCCGCCCAGAGUGUCUUCUGAGCACGGAGAAAUGCCCAGAGGAAGGGGCCAACACAAAGAAUGAUAACCAUGGCAACCAAGGCAAUUCACCGAACGACUCUUCUUGGAAGACCAAUGCUGGCAAGGAGUUCUCCUAUCUGGAGCUUCCUGUGUCCCUCAAGCUCAUCUAUACCAUAUUGCAGGAUAUGGCCAAGUUUGAGGAACCGGAUAUCCUCUACAAUAUGUUAAACUGCUUGAGGAUCUUGUGUCUACAUGGAGAGUGCUUGUAUAUGGCCAAGAAAGAUCACCCACAAUUUCUGUCCUAUGUCCAAGAAAAGAUGAUGAUACCCAGCCUGUGGAACAUGCUGAAGUCUGAGUUCUGCCAACUGGCCUCCCUGGCUGUGCCGCAGCUGCUUCAUGCUCUCUCACUCUCUUAUGGAGCAGACAUCUUCUGGAGGCUGGUGGAUGCUAACUUUAAUAAUAAGGACUGGAAGAUCCGCUUCGAAGCAGUGGAGAGGGUUGCAGUGUUGUGCCGUUUCCUGGACAUGGACGCCGUGACCAAGAGCCACCUCCUGAAGUAUUCUCUGGCCCACGCGUUCUGCUCCUUCCUGGCCAGCGUGGAGGACGUGAACCCUGCGGUCGCUACGAGAGCGCGUCUUCUUCUGGACACCAUCAAGUGCCCCGCUCUGCAGGGUCUGUGUUUAUGCCUAGACUUCCAGUUUGACACAGUGAUACGGGACCGCCCCAUCAUCCUCAGCAAGCUGCUGUUGUUGCAUUCUCUGAAGAAGGAUAUUCCUGCUCUGAGCUGGGAGUUUUUUGUCAAUCGCUUUGAAACUCUCUCCUUGGAGGCACAGCUACAUCUGGACUGCAACAAGGAGUUUCCCUUUCCUAGCACCAUCACAUCUGUCCGCACAAAUUUGGCCAACUUAAGUGAUGCAGCUAUGUGGAAGAUACGACGGGCACGUUUUGCUCGUAACCAGCAGAAGAGCGUGCGUUCAUUUCGUGACAGCAUCAAAAGAGGGGAGUCCAAGCGAACCUUCUCUCUCCCAGAAACCCUGGGAAACAGACUGCACCACCUACCAAGCCAGAGUACCGCCACAGAGGAGGACUCCAUGGUCAAAGACCUGCUCCCAGAGGAUGCAGGGAUAGACCACCAAACAGUUCACCAUCUGAUCAUGGUGCUGAUGAAGUUCAUGACUAAGGACAAGAGCAGUGCAGAGGCAGACAUUAGCAGUGCCAAGGCAUUCAAUACGGUCAAGCGUCACCUGUAUGUGCUGCUGGGCUAUGACCAGCAGGAGGGCUGCUUCAUGAUCGCCCCUCAAAAGAUGCGCACGUCCACCUGCUUCAACGCCUUCAUUGCUGGCAUCGCACAGGUCAUGGACUACAACAUUAGUUUGGGAAAGCAGCUGCUCCCCCUAGUGGUCCAGGUGCUGAAGUACUGUACAUGCCCCCAACUUAGGCAUUGCUUCCAGCAGCCCCCCCGCUGUUCCCUCUGGCCCUUGAAGCCCCACAUCAGGCAGAUGUGGCUAAAAGCUCUGCUUGUAAUUCUCUACAAGUAUCCUUACAGAGAGAUGGAUGUAAGCAAAGUGGUGCUGUGUCUGAUCCACAUCACUAUCAACACCCUGAAUGCCCAGUACCACAGCUGUAGACCCCACGCCACGGCUGGCCCGUUGUACAGCGACAACUCCAACAUCAGCCGCUAUAGCGAGAAAGAAAAAGAGGAGGACAGUGUAUUUGAUGAGUCAGAUGUCCAUGACACACCAACCGGAGCUUGCAACAAGGAAUCCCAGACCUUUUUUGCUCGAUUGAAGAGGAUCGGAGGCAAUAAGUCAGUCAAGUACCAGCCCGUGGAGAUCAGCACACAAAAGAGUGAAAUGGAGCUGUCAGAGUAUCGCGAGGACACUAUUCUCCACUGUGUUCGUGAGGAAACCAGUAGGAAGAAACGACUGCAGGCCAUGCAUAAACAAAAGUCUCUGGACAUCUCCAACACUGACUCCAUCAUCUACAAUCUUGAUGAGCACCGUCGUAAAUCCUGUAUUGACCGCUGUGAUCUACACAAGGUACAACCACCCCCUGCACCACCUCCCUCCUCUGUCUCCUCCUCCACAGCCAUGGGCCAACGUCUUCCUAGCCAGCGGCAUCAGAGAAAAGUCUCUUCCAGCAGCUUCUGGACAGGCAAAGAGGAAGUGGAAACCAAGCCCCAUUCCCUUACUCCCUGUCAUGGGAAUUCCCAGUCUGACUUGCAGCCGAUCAUCCCAGAGUUGAGGCUAAGCUGCACAGAGACGCUGGAAGACAAGCAGCAGAUGCCUCAGACACAACCCAUGCAUCAUGCUAAACAGGACAUAGGCAUGCAGCAACAGGCUGGAAGAUCAUGCCAGUUGGAGGAUUCUCCUGUUUCUAGAGCUGCCUCACAAAGUAAGGAAGAUCCUGACCUCAUUGACCUCUCAUCAGACUGUACCUCCAUUGCAGAAAAGAAUUCUGUUCUUUCUAUGUCUGACAGUGACUCGCUGGUGUUUGAGCCGCUGCCCCCGCUUUGCAUCGUUGAGAGUGAUGAGGAGUUUGAGACAGCAAAAACAAAAGUCAGCCCGUGUGUCUCCCUUACAGCCAGGCACUCAAAUUCUGCACACCUCUCCCCCACUGUGUGGCUCAAUGUGGAGGACUGCUGUAGGGCUAGAGCAGGAAGUAGCAGCCACAGCCACAGCUCCAGCAGCCCUCUUCCAUGCCCUCUUAUGGCUCCAAGCCUCAAGAGCUCUUCCUUCACCAGCCCUGUGGGGUCCUUGGAGCUCUCAGAUUUCCCUCAGAGCUUGCUGUCAGGACAAGAAAGUCCCAUGACUUUAAGACAGAAGCGAGAUCUGUUCAGGAAGGCGCCCCAUGUGCCUGACACCUCUCUGUAUGACUCCCAGCAGGACCCUGACCACGGCAGCCGGGGCACGAGCCCGUCGGGCAGGAAUAUCUUCCUCAACAUUCCAGUGGACACACUAGAAUCUUCAGACCCGCUCAGUGAGGACACUGAGUUUGAGGACAAUGAUGAUUACAUUGAUGAUGAAGGAGGAAGUGAUCCCAAGUUGGAAGAUGACAAUGAUGAGGCAGAGUUCAAAAUCCAGAUUGUUCCUCGACAACGCAAGCAGAGAAAGAUUGCUGUUAGUGCCAUCCAGAGGGAGUAUCUGGAUAUCUCUUUCAACACACUGGACAAGCUGGGAGAACAGGCUUCUGACUCAGAUCCCAAAACCCUUUCCACACUGGAGAGGCCCCUUGGAUCAGCCUCAGCCCCUACCCUAGAGGCAGCUAACCCUGAAACAAGCAACCGCUCUUCAGUGUCAACUCAGUACAGGCAAGUGAAACGUGGCUCACUGGGUGCCCUGACGAUGAGUCAGCUGAUGAAGAAACAACUAGAGCAUCAGUCCAGCGCCCCUCACAACAUCAGCACCUGGGAGACUGGUAAGUCCUUGUACAUCAGCACCUGGGAGACUGGUUUUCCUGGUCAGACCAAGACUAGCCUGCUGUCAGCUCCCAGCUCAGUCAGCAUGUUUGUACCUGCCCCAGAGGAGUUCACAGAUGACCAGCCUACCACCAUGACCGACAGGUGUCGAGACUGUGGUGCUAUAUUGGAAGAGUAUGAUGAGGAGACACUGGGCUUAGCUGUGGUGGUUCUGUCCAUGUUCAUUCAUCUAAGUCCUGAUCUGGCAGCUCCCCUUCUUCUGGAUAUCCUACAGUCUGUCGGCAGGUUGGCUUCCAGCACUAAUUUCUCUGGGCAAGCAGAGAGUAUGCUAAUCCCGGGUAAUGCUGCUGGAGUUGCCAAACAGUUCUUGCGUUGUGUGUUACACCAGCUUGCUCCUAAUGGCAUCCUGCCACAGCUGUUCCAGAGCAACAUUAAAGAUGGAAGUUUCCUACGAACUGUAGCCACCUCCCUUAUUGACUUCAAUGAGUUGAGUUCUGUCGCUGCUCUAAAUCAGCUUUUAGAGGGUCUCAAUAACAAGAAGAACCUCCCAGCAGGCAGUACCAUGCUCCAUUGUCUUGAAAAUAUAGCAGCCUAUAUGGAGGCACUGCCAAUGGAUGUCCCUAGCAACCUCUGGACCUCCAUCUGUAGCCAUUUCCAGACAUUCUUGACCAAACUACCUGCAGUGCUUCCUCUCAAGUGUCCACUAGAUUCAGCCCUCAGGGUGAUGAUCUGCUUGCUGAAGAUUCCAGCCACCAGUGUUACCAGGAGUCUUCUGGAACCAUUUUCUAAGCUGCUCAGCUUUGUCAUCCAGUAUAGUGUCUUCAGCCUCUCCUACUUGGUGGAGCUCUGUGGACUUUGCUACAAAGCUUUCAACAAGGAGAGGGACAAGUCGUAUAUGUCUCGAAUUGUUGUGCUAGAGUUACUUCAAGCAUUAAAGUUCAAGUCACCACUCCCUGACACCAAUCUGCUGUUGCUUGUCCAGUUUGUUUGCACAGACCUUGGCACCCGACUUGCAGAGUCCACUAUUCUGCAGAAACACAUGAUCUCCUCCCUCCCUGUGUGUACAACUGCUGCUAUGGAGUGCAUGAGACAGUACAUCAGUGAAGUACUGGACUUCAUAGCCGACAUGCACACUCUGACCAAAUUAAAAAGCCAUAUGAAGGCUUGUUGCCAGCCUCUUCAUGAAGAUACUUUUGGGGGGAACUUGAAGGUCGGUUUGGCCCAGGUUGCGGCCAUGGAGAUAAGCAAGGGCAAUCAUCGUGACAACAAGGCUGUGGUUCGACACUUGCCAUGGCUAUACCAUCCACCUUCAGCCCUGCAGCAGGGGCCGAAGGAGUUCAUUGAAUGUGUGUCCCAUAUCCGCCAGCUGUCCUGGCUCCUGCUGGGCUCCCUCACCCACUGUGCCCUGCAUCAGGGCUCCACCUGCUGCAUGCCCAUCCCACUGGACGCUGGGUCACAGAUCGCUGACCACCUCAUCGUCAUCUUGAUUGGCUUCCCAGAACAGUCCAAAACCUCAGUGCUGCACAUGUGCUCCCUGUUCCACGCCUUCAUGUUCGCACAGCUGUGGACUGUGUACUGUGAGCAGGCUGCUGCCACUCCUUCCCUCCAGAACCAGAACCUGACAGAAUAUUCCUCCGGUGCCAUCCUCACAGGCCUGGAGUUCUGGAGCCGAGUCACACCCAGCAUUCUGCAGCUCAUGGCCCACAACAAAGUGAUGGUGGAGAUGGUGUGUCUGCAUGUGAUCAGCCUGAUGGAAGCGCUUCAAGAGUGCAACUCCACCAUAUUUGUUAAACUUAUACCCAUGUGGCUGCCAAUGAUCCAGUCCAACCUGAAGCAUCUAUCUGCAGGGCUCCACCUGCGUCUCCAAGCGAUCCAGAAUCGAGUUAGCUACCAGUGCUUUCAAGGCCUGGGCUCGGGGUCUCAGCCCCAGGCCCUGCGCAAGUGGCUCCAAUGCACUCAAUUCAAAAUGGCCCAGGUAGAGAUCCAGUCAUCUGAGGCUGCCUCCCAGUUCUAUCCAAUGUGACCCGUCCAUCGUUGGCCAUCGUGAGAGACCAAGGAUAUGCAAUGGAAUAAGCCCUUUCUCAUCAAGGCCUUCAUCAGGGGGCCAAUACAUUUUUUUUUAGACAGGGCUAGUAUGGUCCUGACAGAACCAGGACAAUUGUUUCAUGGGUUAACAGAUGAAUGCCGAAAGUUUUAUAAAGGUCAUGAAAUAAACAAACAUUUUGUAGACAAUAAUAAAGACACUUUCUAUGAAGCUUGUAUCUAUGAAGGCAUUAAUAUUGUCCUAUAAAGAUGCUAUAAGUCAUUGCAACACUCAUUAUAACUAUGUAUAUGUCUUCACAAUGACUAAUAACCACCUUUAUGAUAGAUUAUGUCAGUUAAUUAUAAAUGGUUAUAAUUUAAUACACAAUAAUGCAAUUAUACAUAUGUGAUCAUUAGUCUGUGUAUCUAUCAAAUGUCAUAAUGCAUCCUAGCUUACUUGUUUUGCUGAAGUUAUGUAGAGAUGUACAAUGAGACUUCACUGCUAUUUCGGAGUUAAGCCAUAGCCAUAAGUCAUUGUAAUAUACAUUAUAACUAUGUACAUAAGUCUUCACAGCACCCCAUAACCACCUUUAUGAUACAUCAUGCAUAAUAAUGUAUGGUUAUAAGCAGGGCAGCAUUAUUUAUUAUAAAUUACAUUAAAGGCACAGGCUAAUGACCACAUAUUUAUAAUAAUAUUAUUCUGUCUUAAAUUACAACCAAUUAAUUAACUGACAUCAUAAAAGUGGUUAUGAGUCAUUGUGAAAACAAACACAUAGUUAUAAGUACUUCUAGCUUCUUUAUAAGACAUAAUGAAUGCCCUCGUAGGGCCUUACAGAUACAAGCUUCAUAGAAAGUGUUACCAAGAAAGGGUUCCAAAUAUUAACUAACCCCUUAGCUAACUAAUCCUUAGUUAUAGUGUAGCCUAACCGCAACAAAAAGUCUACAGUCUGGACAAGUCAAUCCUUCAAUCAGAUACAGGAAAAGGUAGUAAAUUCCUCUCACAGUUAACCUGUUUUACCCACCUUUCUUUCGCCAAAAGAAUUCAACCAUAAGCCAUGGUGCAAUCAUAGCAGAGACAGCAUCAGCUAGUCAUGGGGAAAGAGAAGCAUAUAUCAUAGCAGAGACAGCAUCAGCUAGUCAUGGGGAAAGAGAAGCAUCUAUCAUAGCAGAGACAGCAUCAGCUAGUCAUGGGGGAAGGAAGCAUCUAUCAUAGCAAUCAGCUAGUCAUGGGGGAAGAGAAGCAUCUAUCAUAGCAGAGACAACAUCAGCUAGUCAUGGGGGAAGGAAGCAUCUAUCAUAGCAAUCAGCUAGUCAUGGGGAAAGAGAAGCAUCUAUCAUAGCAUACAAGGUGAACAUUCCUUGUAAUGAGCUUGAAUGGGAAACAUAAAACACAUUUCACAAAGAUGGCCUGAAAGUUAAUUGUUGCUGUCUGCAUCUGUAAUGGGGACAUUGCACAUUUUUAGUUGAUAAUGCAUAUACACAAAUAUUGUUUUUAACAAAAUUAUUGCCAGUCAGAAUUAAGAAUGAAUUAGCUUGUUUCACAAAUAUAAUGAUCUUGUCUGUAACUGGAUAAUUGUAUUUAGUUUAAAAAGAAGAAUGUACAAUUAUCAUAAGUGUAUUGUAAAAGCUGAUAUUUGAAACUCAUAUUUAGUCUUUAAAACAAACUAUAUCUAUUCAUUACCCUUAUUUCAUAUGAGUUUACUAGCUCUAGAGUGGUUAUCAUAUAGUUCUUUUUUUUGUUCAUCGUAUUAUGUUCAUGCUUGAGUGGAACAUCAGCUUGUCAGCAAGCGUCAUGGUCAUCAGAUAUUGGUAGUGAACAUAGUUUGUUAUAUGUAAGCAGUUUGAUAAAGGCCUAGCUGUUUCUGUUGAUGCUUAAUUCAUUUCUAACUUCUCCCCAGUUUCAGUUUAAUGCAGGGACACACUAUGCCAAGAACUAGCCUUCAUUGCAAAAUAUUUCUUCUGUUUGGUGUUUGUGCCCUGAUCAUGGCCCUCCAGCAAAAGGGGAGUGGCAUUCAUCCAAAUGGGUGGGUGUCUGAUCAUUUGUCUAAAACUGUUAUAAAUCUUUACCAACAGUUUACCAUGGAACAUGGCUAUGGGUAUAUCCCAUUACAGAUAUCACUUUAUUCUCUUUUCUAUUUUUGCCUUCAUCAGAUAAAGUGCACUCUGUUUUAAAAUGACAAUAAUGAAAUAUAUCUGAAGGAUAACAUUUGAUUAAAAGUGUGUGUAUUCUGUUAGUCAAGAGCUUUCUGUUUCAGUCAUUAGAAUUGAAUAUGUCUGCCAUGUCAUCUGUCAUGAACAGAUAAAGUAUCCUCACUGAGACAUCAUUGGGGCACUCAUUGGGACCACAUCACACAACAUGACACAUGAGCAAGACUGGCAGCUUUCCCUCGAAAACCUUUGAUCCAAAAAAACUAAUAAUACUAUGUAUGUGUCUUAUCUAUCGUAUUUUAUCAAUCUGUUAUUUAAAUGAAAUGAUCUACUGUAUUGAUCUACCAUUUACUCUUUUAUGCACAUGCACAUAAAUACAAAACAUUGUAUAUCAA